GUGGCCCAGACAAAUAAUCUCCUCCACAGGAUUGUGUCGAUUUGGAAGUAGAAUUGACUGCUGCUGGGGCUGGGCCCGAUUGUCCUGGGGACAGUGCCAACCUUUCUACGUCUUAAGGCAGAGAAUAGCCAGCCUAAGGUGCCAGCCCAAAGCCAUAUGCCAGCCGGGAUGCAAACACGGUGAAUGCGUUGGGCCAAACAAGUGUAAGUGCCACCCGGGAUACACUGGAAAAACCUGCAACCAAGAUCUAAAUGAGUGUGGACUAAAGCCACGGCCAUGCAAACACCGGUGUAUGAAUACCUACGGCAGCUACAAGUGCUACUGUCUGAACGGCUACAUGCUUAUGCCAGACGGAACGUGCUCGAAUGCCCUUUCUUGCUCGAUGGCAAACUGCCAGUAUGGCUGUGAUGUACUGAAAGGGGAAGUUCGCUGCCGCUGCCCUUCUCCAGGACUGCAGCUCGGGCCUGAUGGCAGGACUUGCGUAGAUAUAGAUGAAUGUGCUACUGGGAGAGUUAUCUGCCCACGAUUUAGGUACUGCAUCAAUACUUUUGGAAGCUACAUUUGCAGGUGUCAUAAAGGCUUUGAUCUAAUGUACAUCGGAGGCAAAUACCAAUGCCAUGAUAUAGAUGAAUGUUCCCUUGGCCAUCAUCACUGUGGUAGCUUUUCACGGUGUUACAAUACACCAGGAUCCUACAAAUGCAAGUGUAAAGAAGGGUACAGAGACAACAGAACAAAUUGCAUACUUAUUCCUAAUGUUAGGAUUGAACCACCUGGUCCAUACUGUAUAUUCAAGGGCAGCAGCAUGCUGCCUAAGGGAGACAGUGGUAUAACCAGUAGGAUUCCUGAUUUCAGAGGCACGAGACAACCCCUCAGACCACUAUAUGUACCUGCUGUUGUUACAGAAAGGCCAGUGACCGGGCCAACAGCUCAACCUACACCUGGGCCAACACCAGUGACAAGGCCUCCACCUCCACCACCACCUCAACCUACAACAUUCAGACCUACUCUACCACCGCAAAGAACUCCUCUGAUAACAACUGCAGAGCCUUCACAUCUUCCCACUGAAACUACAUCUUCCCAAGGAAUUACAGAAGACAACAGGAUCCAGGUAGAUCCUCAGAAACCCCGAGGAGAUGUGUUCA